UCUCCCGCUUAAUUAACGAACUGCAUAAAUAAAUAAAUUCAUUUAUCCCGACGUCUACUGAGUCAACUGCUGCAGAUCCAACUUCUUAGAUUUGCUUUCAUACUUAGGGUUUGGGUGUAGUAAUUUUUGAGUUCAAUGAUUGAGAAAAAGAGGGUUCAAGUUCUUCUCUUUCUCGUUGGCCUACUAAUUCUCAGCAUCACCGCUGAAAAAUGUAGGGAGUUGGUUGGUCAAGAGGCUGCAUCGAAGAGUGGGGAAUUUACUUGGUUGCACUGUUUUGAUGGGAGUACGGGAAGCGUAGCAUGUUUAGUCAAGGAAGGUGUGAAGCUUUACACUUAUAACAUCAGAUCUUCUCAUGUGGAGAGAGCAAGGAACUCAGCUAUCGAGACUGCUCUGGCUGAUGCCAUAUCACAAGGCAUCGCAGCAAAAGAAGCAGCUAAAGUAGCUCAGAAAGAAGGAGCAAAAGCUGCAAAAUUGGCCGUGCGAAAAACCAAGCGUAUUGUUGGUCCGAUAAUUUCUGCAGGAUGGGACUUCUUUGAAGCACUUUAUCUUGGAGGUACACCAACUGAAGGGGUGUUGAGGGGUUCUGGUACCUUGUUUGGUGCCUAUUGGGUUGGCUAUCUCGGGGAGCAGACCAUGGGUAGGUUUGGUUACUUGGUUGGAAGCGAGUUGGGCAGUUGGGUUGGAGGAAAGGUUGGAUUAAUGGUGUAUGAUUUGGUUAAUGGAGUGGAUCAUUUACUUGUAUUUCUCCAACUAAAGGAAAUAGAAGUCGAUGGAACUGUGUCGGAUGAAUUGUACAAGGAAACUAUAGCUGAAAGUUCCGAGUUACCCAAGGACUCGUAUGAUAGUGAAUCAACCACAUAUACAAGCUUUGAAACUUCUGAAGAGUCUAGUAGUUAUGAAGCUCCUGCUUAUGAGGACCCUGAAGUCCAUGAAGAAUUUUGGAGUGGAUGACGUUCAAGCUGUGUUAUACAUGGUUCUUUUGAUGUUAUUAGACAUCAUGUGUCCUCUGCUUAAUCACUACUUGUACAGGGAGAGGUUGUAUUGUAUUCUGUUAUACGAAACUUUUACCUCAUUGACUUGUAAAAUGACACUAGAAUAAUUGCUUAGCCACAUAUUAUGAAUUCGGUGUAGUUUUGGA